AUGGAUAUUUCAAGGUGUCAAUCUCCUUUAGUCAACAGGUUAACAACAACAUUGACGAUUGUACUGUUAGGCUGGUGGAUAGCUCUAUAUCAUUUCAGCGACCGAGAUAAUGAUAAAUCUUCAGUUGUUACUAGACUUCAUGGCGUUACAUGGACUCAUGUGCUACCACAUUUAUGUUCACUUGGAAAAGAGCAUGUCCAUCCCUUUACACAAGGUUUACUGUUCACCGGUCAAUACACGUUGUUGGAAUCUUCAGGUUUGCAUUCCAAAAGUUUUCUGCGUGAGUUCUCAUUAUUGACUGGUCUUACUCUACGUCGUGUUGAUUUACCUUACGAUUAUUUUGCUGAAGGUGUAGCUUUGGUGGUAGAGCCUAGUACCCUGCGUCUACAUAUCAUGGUACUCACAUACACCAAUAACGUGGUAUUGGUGUAUGAUUACGAAACAUUUCGCCUAUCCUAUAUGUAUCGCAUGAAUUAUAUUGGUUUCGGCUUAACAUCGAACUACUAUAUAAACUGUCUUGAUUUGGGAAAGUUUGUUAAACGGCAGAGGGUUUGGAUGACCACUGGCGGUAGUGAAUUGAUAUCUAUUGGUAUCCCAUCAUCGUUCAGCACAGGUUCUCCUACCGUCGAGGGUGCUGUAUCUAUUAUGUUGAACGGUUGGUCUUUGCGUAACGUGAACGAGAUGGAUUUUAACCAUAAAAGUGGUACUAUUUAUGCGAACAUCUGGCAAAGCAACUAUAUAGUGGAGAUAGAUGCUGAUACUGGCAACUGUAUAAAUAUGUGGGAUUUAACGUCUAUAGCAUCACAGCAACCACAUGAUAGUGAUGUGAUGAACGGUAUAGCAUGUCAUCCAUUAUAUUCAGGUUGUAUUAUUACUGGUAAGUUAUGGCCAUAUUUAUAUAACGUUGAGUUCAAUGAACUUGGCCUAACUACACGUGACAUCCCUUCUAUUUUUUACGACACUUUCUGUAAUCGUCCUGCUGCUAGUUCAGGAUAUCAAGAAGUGAGUUGA